CGCUGAUCUGCGAGAGCGAUGCGUCUACAAGUCGACGAGGCAGACUUCAUAGACGAGGGUUCCUUCGGCAAAAUCUACGCUGCACGAGUGAUAUCCAGCCGCACAACGGUGCCGCAGGACAUCGUUGUCAAAAAGGGACGAUCCGCUACUGACUACAAGUUUGCGAAGAACCCAAUGUUGCUCCAUGAGGCCUGCGCUAUGCUCGAGCUGCGAGGACACCCGAACAUCCCUGCAGUCUAUUCGUGGGGGAGAUCCCAGAUGUUCGAGUACCUUGUUAUGGAGCGCCUUGGAAAGGAUAUCAGGGAACCUCUCCGGUCAACUUCGACGGGCCUGACGAUGCGCAAUCUGGUUGCAUUAACCUGCCAGAUGAUAGAUGCGGUGGAACAUGUACACGCCCACCACAUCAUUCACUGCGACAUCAAGCCCGGAAACUUUCUGUUCGACCUCCAGCUAGCCAGCGGAUACAUCAAACUCAUCGAUUUCGGCAUCGCGAGGAUUUAUCGCGACCGUAACACUCUUCGCCACGUCCCAGAGUCCACCAUCACCGAGCAUAUAGGUACUAGGAGGUAUACGAGCGUGAACGUACAUCUUCAUCGCAAUCCCUCGCGUCGAGACGACAUGGUAUCUCUCGCGUACUCCAUCAUCAACCUACUCUGCAAUUGGCUUCCGUGGUCGAGAAUGGAGGACGCGGACGAAGUUUUUGCGCUCAAGCAGAUGUGGACUGGCGCCGACCUAUGUGCUGGUUAUCCCGCCGUCUUUGGUGACUUUUUGGACUACACCCGAUCCUUAGGGUACCAAGAUACACCCGACUACGCGGGAUGGCGGUCCCGCUUCUUGUCUGUGGCACCAGAGCUAGACGGAAAGCCACUCUACAAAGCCGGGGACUACGGUCCCAAGGUCGGUAGGCGCGCUUCAGACUCUUCACCAUCCGGCGUCGCCGUAGACCCAAAGCCAGAGUCGCACAGACCAGAGCGCAUGCGAUCGGUGACGCCGCCCAACCUAUCGCAAUUCGGAAUUUGCGUCCCCUACUCAACUUGGAUGGGGGCAGUGUCGGUCGCAGACGAGCAUCUCAUCGGCGACGAACGUGCGAUGGUGCGCCAGUUGGAGCCCCUCGAGGACCCUCCGAUGCACGAUUAUGAAGGCGAAGUCAUGGUCGACUAA